AUGUCGAGUUCAAGUAGAACGCGGUCGAACCGCGCUGUAGCCGGAUUGUUUUUUAUUGUAUCACAAGCUGUCCGUGCGUCUCCCAUGUUCAAAAUGGCCCCUGAAGAGCCAGAAGAGCCGAUUGGCAGUGCUGGCUUUUGGUGGAAAAUGGUAAUGUCAAUGGGCUUAGUUCUUCUUGGUGGCGCUUUCGCCGGAUUGACACUCGGGCUCAUGGGCCUCGAUGAGCUUCAUCUGCGUGUGCUCGCAACAUCUUCUGACGACCCGAAUGAGAAAAAGAAUGCGAAUAAAGUCUUGAGAUUAAUGAAGAAAGGCCGCCAUUGGGUCCUAGUCGUUUUGCUCCUUGGCAAUGUUAUUGUUAACGAAUCCUUGCCAAUCUUCCUCGACUCUGCCAUUGGAGGGGGUGUUGCCGCAGUGGCCAUCUCUACUGUCAUGAUCGUUAUUUUCGGAAUUAUCCCACAAGCUCUUUGUGCACGAUAUGGCCUCCAGAUUGGUGCGGCAAGUGCGCCAUUGGUGCUUUGUAUGAUGUACAUAUUUGCUCCCGUUGCAUGGCCUAUCGCCAAGUUGCUCGAUUGGGUACUUGGCAACGGCGAGGCCAAUACUUAUAAAAAAGCUGAGCUCAAAAGUUUCCUUCAGUUCCAUCGUGAAGGUGCCGAACCACUCAGGGAUGACGAGGCAAGUCAAUCAUAUUCAGCACAAUCGCUUCGUUCACCGGGUCGAGUCGGGUAUUUAUAUCCAGAGGCUCUUCGAACUAUAUCCAUUCUGAACGGUGUGCUUUCGUUGAAUGACAAGAGAGUAUCUGAAAUUAUGACCCCUAUGAAUGAUGUUGUAACCCUUGGAAGUGAUACUAUUUUGGACCACAAACGGGUUGAUACAAUUUUGACAAGCGGUUACUCCCGAAUUCCGGUUCACGAACCUGGCAGCCCAACUAACUUCAUAGGAAUUUUAUUAAUAAAGAAGCCUGUUCAACGGUUGCUCUCGUACGAUCCAUCGCAAGGGCUGCCGGUCAGCGCAUUCCCAUUAUCCAUUCUACCGGAAGCCAAGCCCUCAAUCAGCUGUUUCCAAGCUUUGGAUUACUUCCAGACUGGACGUUCUCAUCUCCUGUUGAUCAGCGAAAACCCGGGGGAGCCUCAUGGCGCACUUGGUGUGAUUACACUCGAGGAUAUCAUAGAGGAAAUCAUAUCAGAAGAAAUUGUCGACGAAACUGACAGAUACGAAGACAACCGCCACAAGCGACGCGCAAAACGACAGUCAACAGCUGCCAUAAUGAGAGGUAUUGUCGAACGUGAAAAACGCCGUUGGUCGUUCAAUUCUUAUGGAGAUAACGCUGCGGGUAGUGAUACUCCCCGCACAUCGUCUCGAGCGCCCACGCCCAAGCCGACGCCAAGUCGAGAGCCCAUGGAGAUUACACGCCUGCUUCCUAUUGAUGAGCAUGUGGGAAAUGGACACUAUGAAGGACCGAGUAGUUAUGGUGCAACCACACCAGUUCAAAAUCCUGUCGCAAAGGGGCAUGCAGAACGUGGAAGAGACAGAGAUCGGUCUCAGUCUCGACACCGGGGUUCGUUUACCGAUUCGCCCACGCGAUCAUAG